AUGCCUGUGGUCAAUCUUGCGGAUAUAAUCAAGCUACAAAAAUCUGUUGAACGAGUAAGGAACAUAUGCAUUUUGGCCCAUGUCGACCACGGUAAAACUACUUUAGCUGAUUCGUUGGUGGCUAGUAAUGGAAUUAUAUCGCAAAGGAUGGCUGGUAAGCUACGUUACUUAGAUAACCGUCCGGAUGAACAAGAGCGCGGCAUCACCAUGAAAAGCAGCAGUAUUUCGUUGCAUUAUCGUUCCGAAAGUAAUUCUGAAGAUUAUUUAGUAAAUCUAAUCGAUUCCCCGGGUCAUGUGGAUUUCUCUAGUGAAGUUUCGACUGCUAUACGGUUGUGCGAUGGUGCCAUCGUUGUGGUAGAUGUCGUAGAAGGCGUUUGUCCUCAAACAAGAGCCUGUCUUCAACAGAUCUACAAUGCGAAGAUGAAGCCAGUACUCGUAUUAAACAAAAUCGAUCGGCUAAUUAUGGAAAAACAGUUGACUCCUUUAGACGCAUAUUUUCACAUUAGUCAAGUAUUGGAGCAAGUUAAUGCCGCGUUGGGCAGUAUUUUUGCUUCAGAUGUUUUGGGUAACGAAGAUUUAAGUGAAAGAGACAAUUACGAAUCGGCUUUACAACGAAGUGACGAUUCAAGCUUAUAUUUCAUCCCUGCUGCAGGAAAUGUAGUGUUUUGUUCGGCUUACGAUGGCUGGGCUUUUGGAGUGCACGAGUUUGCUUUAACUUAUGCCGACCGAUUACAAAUGCCGGCAGAGCAGUUAGCGAAAGUAUUAUGGGGCGAUUUUUACUAUAACAACAAAAAGAAAUGCGCGCUACCGGGCGCGCAGGAAAAAGCGAAGAAGCCCAUGUUUGUGCAAAUCGUUUUAGAAAAUAUAUGGAACUUAUACGAUAUAAUAGCCAUAAGAAAGGAAAAAGAAAAAAUACCAGUAAUAGCUGAAAAACUCGGAAUCAAACUGCAGCUGCGUGAUUUACGUAUCGCUGAUUGCAAAGCACAGAUUAAAACAAUUAUGGGCCAGUGGCUUCCGGUACAUCGCACCAUUUUAGAAAUGGUGAUUAAUAACGUUCCUCCUCCUAACAGAAUUGACGAAGAACGUGCCCACCGUUUACUUUUUCCCCAAAAUGUGGAUUUGAAUUUAUACCCCAGGCAGACGUUAUUUUUGACAGAAGACUUCAAAGAAUGUUAUGAUAGAUCGCAAAAUGUCAUUGUGCACGUAUCGAAAAUGUCACCUGUGCACAUAUCACAAUUACCUCAAAACAAGCCUAAGCGUUUAACUGAAGAAGAAUUACAAGAAAGACGUGAUGAGGUACGUAGGCGCAUAGAAGAACGCAAGCAAAUGCUUGCUCAAAAUGAGUUGGUCACCAUAACUCGUGACCUGAAGGAGUUAACUACAAGUGAAAUCAAACACGAGACAUUAGAAGUAUUAGAGGAAAAUGUCGAAGAAUUUGUAUUUGUGGCCUUUGCUCGAAUAUUUUCUGGUACUUUAAGGAAAGGCAUGAAAUUAUAUAAUUUGGCACCCAAGCAUGAUCCUAGAAAAAAGGAAUUAUUGAAUCUCAAUUCCCCGUAUGUAAGUGAAGUAACUAUCGGAGAUUUGUAUUUGUUUAUGGGUAGCGAAUUGCAAGCGUUAGAUGAGGUUCCUGCCGGCAACAUAGUAGGAAUUGGUGGUUUGGAAAAGGACAUAGUCAAAAGUGCCACUCUUAGUAGUACCUUAUACUGUACUUCUUUUAGCGAUUUAACGAUAAUGGCUACACCCAUUCUCCGUGUAGCUAUUGAACCUGUUAAUCCUGCCGAUAUGCCUAAAUUGGUCAAGGGCCUACGGCUGUUAAAUCAAGCCGACGCGUGUGUUCAGGUUUCCAUUGAACCGAAUGGAGAACACGUCAUUACCACUUUGGGGGAAGUGCAUGUUGAGAAAUGCGUACGAGAUCUUGAAGAUAGCUAUGCGAAAAUCAAAGUAAACGUUUCCAAACCGAUUGUAUCGUUCCGAGAAACCAUUGUACCUGAAGCUACAACAGAUAUGGUAAAUGAGGCUAUUGUUAAGAGUUCAGAAGAAAAGGAUAUUACUAACAAGAUUGCUUGUGUGCAAACUUUGAAUAAAUUGAGUACUUUGAAAGUGAUAGCUUUACCGCUGCCCCAAGCUAUUGUGUGUAUUUUAGAAAAAUUUCAUGAUUUUUUCAAAAAUGAAGAUACAUCCGAGAAGUCUCUACAACUCUUACAGCAUAUUAAAAGUCAAUUGCAAAAUGCUUUUAAAGAUUUCGAAUGCAAGUGUUUAACUGACUUGUCAGAAGAGCAGCUCGUUGAACGUAUUUGGUCGACCGGGCCAAAACAUUGUGGUUGCAACAUAUUAUUAAAUCUAACCGAUUAUGAGCAUCCCAAUAUAUGGCAGACAUUGUCUAAGUUAACAGUGCAUGCUAAUAACGAAAAGCAGAUGGACGUCCGUCGUGAUUACAAUAGUUCUUUUGUUAGUGGUUUUCAAUUAACUACGGCCGCUGGCCCAUUAUGCGAAGAGCCCAUGCAAGGUGUUUGCUUUAUUGUAAUGGAAUGGACAGUAAAGGAUGGCGAUGACUUGCAUUCAAAAACAUUUGGGCCGUUUUCAGGGCAAGUUUUAAAUGCUUCUAAAGAAGCUUGUCGCCUGGCAUUUCAAAAUCAACCCCAACGAUUAGUUAGCCCAAUGUAUAGCUGCAAUAUUGUCGUUGAUGCUGAAGUAUUGGGAAAAAUGUAUGCUGUUAUUGGUCGACGUCACGGUAAAAUUCUGUCUGGCGAUUUAACACAGGGCAGCGGUAAUUUCUUCGUUUCGGCGAUCUUACCAGUGAUCGAAUCGUUUAAUUUUGCUCAAGAGAUACGAAAGCAAACUUCCGGCUUGGCAUGUCCGCAAUUAAUGUUCAGUCAUUGGGAGAUGAGGACAAUAACAACAGUUAUGAAGCACAAAAUGCGAGUGCAUAUUAGCUUGAUAAACUACAUAAUACCACGAGCCAAAGAGUCACGUUUAACAUAGUUAAAUUCUGAGGUCAUUGGUCAAAUUAUUGAUACAACCAGUCAGUCAUAAGCGUAGAAGCGAAAAAUUGAAAGAACUCUGAUAGGAAUUCAUUACUUGAAUGCAUAUUGACCUUAUAGAAAAGCGAAUAGUGCCCUUUGUGGAGACAUUAUUAACCAACAUUCGCUUGUUACCAUUACGUUCACAAUUGAGUGAUGGAACAUUGCUGUUGCUGCACUUGAGAAUUCCCAGUUGCCAAGUUGCCUUAUGCUCUGAUCAAUGAUCAUGCAUUAGAUUCUGAUCCGAUUUUAUCGCUCAUGUACUGCACUGGCCUAGCUCGCAAUUACAAAAGAAAAAGAAAUUCCAUUAAAAGCGCGCAAACCCACAACUCUCGAUAAAGAUAGUCAGUUGAAAUUGAGCAACGAGCAUUCAAUUUGUUGUGCCUAUGAGUGAGUCUCAUGUAGGACUUCGACUUGGUAAUAAACUGAAAUUCGUACAACUUGGAGAUGAAGUAGGAAGAAAAAGCUCUAUCUGUAUCUCACUAAAUAAAUUGAAGUAAGAUUGUUAUCAGAGAAGUUCAACAAUACUUAAAUCUGGCCACUCUAAUAGUUACACAUUUGCCACCUGCAACAUAUUGAAACGAGUCAUUGCGAAAAACCACAGAUGGGCUCAAAAACAACAACAAUAUCUGCAGCAACAACAUGAAUAUCAGAAGGCACAGUAGCACCGAAGGCAUGUGUAGUAAAAACCACAUGGAUCAGGCAUAAAAUGCAUAAAUACCAAAUUCACGAGACG